AGUAGCAGGAGCUUGCUCUCUUGGCUGUAGAUUUGCUUUUCUUUUAUUCGAUUCUUUCACAAAUACCUCUAUCUCGCCAUUAUCACAUCUGAGUCACGAUAGAGAAGGUACUUAUACUUCUGCAUCAUCCUCGAUCUUAGUAGUACCUGCUCCCCGCCCAGAUUUCCCUUGCAGCUUAAUUCCCCGAACGGAUACGAUACCCCUCCUGCCCCGCGCUAAUCAGAUUCGACAACUUCGACUUUUCAGUGAGAUGCCCAGCUAUUAAUCACCUACCUAAUUGAACGAUCGGAAACCUAGCCUCUAUCAAACACUGGACACAAUGGCGUCGCACUCGCACUCUCACGACGGCGGUCUCGAACACUCGCAUUCCCACGAUGCGCUGGGCGGACACGGCCACUCCCACGAGAUCCUCGAUGGACCGGGCUCCUAUCUGCAGCGGGAGAUGCCGCUGAUCGAGGGCAGAGAUUGGCAGGAUCGUGCGUACACGAUUGGAAUUGGAGGACCCGUCGGAUCAGGAAAGACAGCCCUAAUGCUCGCCCUGUGCUUGGCUCUACGAGACGAGUAUAACAUUGCAGCUGUCACGAACGAUAUCUUCACGAGAGAAGACGCCGAAUUCCUCACCCGCAACAAAGCCCUCUCCCCAUCUCGAAUCCGCGCCAUCGAAACCGGCGGCUGCCCCCACGCCGCCGUCCGCGAAGACAUAUCCGCGAACCUCCUCGCGCUCCAGACCCUCCAGCGACAAUUCCAAACGGAUCUCCUCCUCAUCGAAUCCGGCGGCGACAACCUCGCCGCGAACUACUCGCGCGAACUCGCCGAUUUCAUCAUCUACGUAAUCGACGUCGCGGGCGGGGAUAAAGUGCCUCGAAAAGGCGGACCGGGUAUCACGGGCAGUGAUCUGUUAGUGGUGAAUAAGAUCGAUCUCGCGACUGCGGUGGGGGCAGAUUUGGGAGUAAUGGAGCGUGAUGCGGCGCGGAUGAGGGAGGGUGGACCGACGGUUUUUGCGGAGGUGAAGAAUGGAAAGGGGGUGAAGAAUAUUGUGGAUUUGAUUAUUAGUGGGUGGAAGGCGAGUGGUGCGUAUGAGGCCAGCUUGCAGAGGUGGAAGAAUGGCGCUGUGAGAGGGUCGGGGAGUGUUGAGGAGUAGGUUGACAUUGAAAUAGUAUAUAGCUUAUUUCGUGAGAUGAAGGAUGAGAGAGUCCCGCAUGUAAUAUGCACACAUUAUGUGAGGAUGGGUUCAGUGUGCUGGGAAUUCUUUUAUUUUUGCAAUUGUAUAUAGAGGACCGUUCAUUCGUACAGAAUAGGGUUAGUUAUUAUCUGCUAUGUUUUACUACUGUUGAUAUUCUCUCCAGAAUGGAGAUCGUGGACUAUAUGGCAUGUCAACAGAUGU